AAUCCUUGGUAUACAUAGCAACCGUCGCUAGGGUUUCUAGGGUUUCCACAGCGAAGGAGCAGCAGCAGCAGCAGCCAUGGUUCUCAAGACGGAGCUUUGCCGGUUUAGUGGUGCCAAGAUAUACCCAGGGAAAGGCAUCAGAUUUGUUCGUUCUGAUUCUCAGGUUUUCCUCUUUUCUAAUUCAAAAUGCAAGAGGUACUUUCACAACCGUCUGAAGCCGUCAAAGCUUACUUGGACAGCCAUGUACAGGAAACAACAUAAGAAGGACAUUGCCCAAGAGGCUGUGAAGAAGAGGAGACGUACCACUAAGAAGCCUUACUCCAGAUCCAUUGUGGGUGCUACCUUAGAGGUGAUCCAGAAGAGGAGGACUGAGAAACCAGAAGUUCGUGAUGCUGCCAGGGAAGCCGCUCUCCGAGAAAUCAAGGAAAGGAUCAAGAAAACCAAGGAUGAAAAGAAGGCUAAGAAAGCAGAAGUAGCAGCAAAGCAACAGAAGACAGGUGGCAAGGGUAACAUUCCAAAGGGUUCUGCACCAAAGGGUCCCAAGCUUGGUGGCGGCGGUGGAAAGCGUUGAGUUGCUAUGUUAUUAUCAGUUUUUCUCUAGCCAGAGUAAUAGGUACUAUGUUCAUUUUGAAGGCAUUGUAAGGACUGAAUGGCCCUGUUGGCCAUGGUGUUUUUGAUUUUCUGCUUAUCCUAUACCAAGAACUCUGUUGAAGUUGA